UAUGAUUGUGAGAAAAUGUCAAAUGGUAUUGAAUACUUUUUUGACAGACAUGUUAUUAUACAAUUUUCAUAAUUUUUCUAGUUAAAAGUUAUUAAAAAAUGUCCACAUAUAUGAAUCAAAAACAACCAAAAAUUGCUAUGGAAUUACCAGAUAUUUAUUUCGAUAAAAACGAAUAUGUGGAAACCGCGUCUGGUAACAAAGUAUGUCGUCAAACAGUUCUUUGUGGUUCACAAAAUAUUGUAUUAAAUGGCAAAGUAAUUGUUCAUACCGAUGCAAUUAUUCGAGGUGAUUUAACGAAUGUACGAACGGGUCGUUAUUGUGUUAUUGGUAGAAAUUCGGUUUUACGACCACCAUUUAAAAAAUUUAGUAAAGGACUUGCAUUUUUCCCUUUACAAAUAGGAGAUCAUGUUUACAUUGGUGAAAAUUCCAUCGUGAAUGCUGCCUUUGUUGGUUCAUAUGUUUACAUUGGAAAUAAUGUUGUAAUUGGACGAAGAUGUGUGCUAAAAGAUUGUUGUGUGAUAGCCGAUAACGCAGUGUUAGCACCUGAAACAACUGUACCAUCCUACAUGCGAUUCGAAGGUUCUCCAGCUAAAUGCAGUGGCGAAUUACCAGAAUGUACACAAGAUUCUAUGAUCGAAUUCACCAAAAGUUAUUAUGAACAUUUUACAGCAGCUAAAACUAUUACUCAAAUGCAGUUGGUUCAACAUUAAAUUUAUUGAGGUUUUUGGUUGAGGAUGAAGUUUUCUGCCUUAACUCUUAUAUUGUUUUGUUACUCGUAAGUGAAAAGUGAUGUUUUCAAAACAAAAAAACAGUAUCCAGCCAAAAAUAUUGAACGUCUGCGGUCGCUUACACUAAAUAAAUAAAUUAUUGUAUUUUAUAUUUAAUAAAUUAAUAAAUAAUACGCUUUUUAAAAUUA